CCUGCCUCCUCCUUUCGCGAGAGACGAGGACAGCGGAGAGAACUCUGAAGGCUGAAGUGACGAUACGGCGGAUGCUGUGUAAUGCAACCAUCAAAAAAUGACGAGGAAAGCACGUACGUAAUCCCUCCAGAGAUUCUGGAGCUGUAGUGGUGAUGCGUCGGCGACCGUGCACAUAUUAUAUGUCAUGGAUCAGCUCAGGUGGAGUCGAUUUGAAGUUGUCGAUAUGUGCCACGUGGGAGAGGCUAGCAAUGCGAUAAGGCGGAUGGGCACUGCGGUCUAGACAGGAGAGCUGCAGCGAGGAGCACGCAGUGGGCCUAGGGCGGCCAAGGGCGGCCACCUGAGCACGACUGCUGCUGUCGGUCGGUGCCUGAGAAGCAACGGGAAGUCUGAUGACCCGGCGUGGUCCCGGGUUGUGGAUGCAUCGCCCUGUUCGCCCCCCAGUAACCAUGCGCUUCGCGGACGAGCUGGACGCUCCAGCAUCCGCUUGUCUCCAGACAACCGGUGGAGUGCGGAUGCUCGGUUUUUUUCCCUGGGAGAAAGGUAUAUCAUGCCGGCAAAUCCGAUCAAUGAACCUGAUGGGAUGGAACGAAGAUCAAUGACAGAAGAACUGCCACGAGCCCACAGCUGGCCAGAAUUCUGGCUUGCAAAGACUGGCAAGCACUUGGAGGAGGACGCAGUCCAAUAUGAAAUCGCCAUAACUACAUGCUGUGUCCUCUCCGCGCGUAACGAUUUGCUUCCCAGAGAUAUGCAUAAAAUGUUUGCAGGCGGGAAGACCGAGCGAACCGACGCCCGUGGGUCUUACCUAAUUGAGAAUUGCGAGAUUCUUGCCUCCGCCCCCCACCUCUCUGCCAAAUAUCCCUCCCCGCCUCUCAGGCGCUUCCAAAAAGGAGUCUUUUGCAGCUUCGCCUCGCUUGCAAGCUCCACCACGGGGAUCUUUUCCAGCCGGGUUCUAACAGGACAAAGCGAUUCUACACUUAUCGCCCUCCCACUCGUCCUCCACAAUGCACCACCGCCCACCACCUACCGUGCGCCCCUCAAGCUCGCUCUCUUCGUACAUCCCGAAGCAGAGCCGCACCCCCAGUCCCCGCAUGACGCCUUUGUUGCCGUCAGCAGCGAUGAACUACCCCAAAGUCGUCGUACCAGCUAACGAAUCGGCAUCGACGUCGCAGGAGUCCUCGCCGACCUUCUGUGGGAUGCCCCUGAAGUAUCUGUCCCUGUUCGCCCUGGCCAUCCAAAACGCCGCAUUAUCAAUAACGAUGCACUACUCCCGCGUCUCGACGCCGCCGUCGCAGUCCUACUCACCCGAAGCCGCCGUGUUCCUCAAUGAACUCAUCAAGGGCCUGAUCUCAUUUUGCAUCGGGCUGGCUGUCCUGCCCCAAGUCGCAGAACGUCCCUGGCGCCGCAUGACGUUCUCCGCCGUCGUGCGCGAGCUCCCGUGGCCGUGGACCGCACCGUUUUGGCAGCUAUGGGGCGAGAUUCUCAGCCCUGACUCGUGGAAAUUGCUCAUCCCUGCGAUCCUCUACGUCGCGCAAAACCUGCUCCAAUUCGUCGCUAUCAGUAACCUCCCCGUUGCGACGUUCCAAGUUACGUACCAGAUGAAGAUUCUCACGACUGCGGCGUUCUCCGUCGCGCUGCUCCGGCGCACGCUGAGCCCGACGAAGUGGCUCUCGCUGUUUUUCCUCGCUUUCGGUGUUGGAAUCGUGCAGAUCCAGACUGCGACGUCCGGCCAUGUCACUCCGAAAAACGGGCCCGUCGGGAGCGCCCACGAUUCGGCGCCGUUGCACAUCCAUAUCAUGAGUCCGCUGAAGGGCUUCGCUGCCGUCACGGUCGCAUGUGUGACGUCGGGGUUGGCCGGGGUGUACUUCGAGAUGGUGCUGAAGAACUCGCGGUCGACUUUGUGGGUGCGGAACGUGCAGUUGUCACUGGCGUCGCUUCCGUUCGCGUUCUUCAUGCUCCUGUACAAGACGCCCUGGAGCUUCGGAUUCAUGCACGGGGCGUUCCGGAACUUCGGGGGCUGGGCCUGGGCGACGGUCUCGGUGCAGGUCGCGGGCGGGCUGGUCACUGCGGUGGUGAUCAAGUACUCGGACAACAUCAUGAAGGGAUUCGCGACGUCGCUGUCGAUCGUGUUCUCCUUCCUCGCGUCGGUCGUGCUGUUCGACUUCAGAAUCACGCCCUCGUUCGUUAUCGGCGCGUCGACGGUGCUGUGUGCGACGUGGAUGUACAACCAGCCGCCGGGCAAAGAGCCGCUGGCCAUCGUCACGUUGACGGGCGGCAGCAUUUCCGAUGUCACGACCAAGAUCUCGGGCAAGUCGACGCCCUUCCCGGGCACCCCGAUCGACGACCGGGACCCUAUCAUCGGGCAGUUCCCGUCUGAGAAGAAGAAACUGUUCGGGCGGGCCAGCAUGUCCGAUCUACUGGGCCGCAGCAGCACGACCGACCUCCGGAACUCGUUGACUGUCAACAACGGGAGCCUAAAUCCUUCGCCGUGGGGAUCGAUGGAGGAUAUCCAUCGGUACCGCAGCUCGCCGUAUGGGUCGCCGUACCCGUCGCGGUCGGUGUCGCCUGUGCCGCCGCCGCCAAGGAGGACGGAAGGCAGCCCGCGGGUAUCGCUGACGGUCUCUGAAGACGGAGAGGGCAACGAAAGCAGCGCCAGCAGCAGUGCAUGAUGGCAUUGGCGUUUGUUGUUGCUGUGUCUUUACGGGGCUCCCCUGAACUUUUUUCCAUUUCCAUCUUCGUGUUUAUUCUUCAUUUCAUCCAGACAGACAGACAGACAAACAUACCCAUGCAUAGACCGCUUGACGAUGACACUUUAACUUAUCACGAUAUUGCCACGACCCCCGACUACCGUCCACCUCCCGGCCCCCCUCCUGGCCCCCGCCUCCUCCGUUCUUGCGCGCGCGCUACUGCUGCUGCUUGCUCACUUACACGACUUACUACCAUCAUCUUAGAUUACUACACACCACGAUUUUUUGGGUUGGUUCGCAGUUCAGAUACGUAGCCCCCCCUGCCCCAGUGUAAUUUACGUUUGGAUGAGAGAAUUGAGGGAUUUUUGGUUUGUGGGUUUUCUGGAUAUCUGUUGCGACUGCAGUGGCGGCCUGGAGUCCCCUCGAGGGGUAACAUGUUUCCCUCGCGUCUGGCGACAGGUUUGAAACGCUCAAGAUUGAAUCCGCUGGCUCUCAAGAGCGGAGCAUCGGCUGUGUAACUCAAAGAACGACCUGCUGCACUCCAGAAAGAUCAACCGCGAGCAGAUCGCACACGAGUCGUCCGUCGCGCACAAGCCAACGAAGUGCGCUGCCGCUGGUGCCCGUCACGGUGGCCGCAGCCAUGGGGUCAGUGUCCAUAUGAACAUGGACGACCGCGGUGGUGCGUGGAUCCCAGAUGCGCACAAUUAUCGGAAUCAGCGGAAGUGCCGAGGAGAUGAUCUGAGUACGCCGGUGAGCGAGGUGUGCUCUGUCAAUGCAUGCAUAUAUCGGCCCGUUUUCAUAUCCCGGACACGGAGGGUGUGAUCGAGGGUGCCGGGAUGGGCUUUUGUCGAGGUGCGUCCCAGUGCGCCAGAGACGCAGGCGCGCUCGUUACCGCAGCACACAGCACAUUUCAUGGGCCCAUGUUCUAUCAGGCCAUAUGCUUCGAAGCGCUCUAGGCACGAUAUGCGGGACCUGCGAGGUGCCGUCGUAAGAUCCUGUGGCUGUAAGCUUUUCAUGUACAGCGAAAGCGUUCAUGUCCGUGCAGGAGAUGGGCGGUAAUGGCUCUUGCUCACGUCCUCGGGUAGAUGAUCAGACCGAUAGGGCUGUUGACGAGCCAUUCAAUGACGGGUCAGCGCACCUCAAGGCCGUCCGUAUCAACAGACAGAUCAGCCAUACGCACCCCAAACCUAUAGGUCCCGUUGAAGAUAAGUCGUGCAGCAGCAUCCGUGGUGGACGGACACCCCAUCCGUAUCGUGCGAUCGGCAAAGUCCAAGACUGUCCUUCCACCUGUCAUAUGCAUCACCCGAGACGCACCGUCGUGCGCGGGGUACGUCUGGCACAGGCCACUCGUGCACGUGCAAGUCUACUGUCCGUGAAGUCGGCGGUAGAGAGGCCUUGCUGAAGGAGAACAUGAGCUGGAGGACGGCGACGUUCGUUUUAGUGAAGCGGUUUAGUAGAGUUUACAGUGGACGCUGGAAAGUCGGGAGCCGACAUUACUAUGGGCUGUCCGUGCUGAGGCUCAUUGGUCAAAAAACCCCUCGCACACAACUGCUAGUGGUUAGGUGCAGUUGCUGCAAGGCGAUCCAAUUGACCAGCGAGAAUGGAUUUCCAGCAGAGACCCUCAAGGGCCGGAAUACUCGGCGGCAUAGAAGUAGAACAGCGUUUCGAGAUGGCGGAUACGUUCGGCCAUCACCGGUGGUGACUGCCUUGUCCAAGCAAGGAGCACGAUACGUCACAGUCAGCUGAUGUGACAUAUUUCGUAACGCUGACCCAGCGCCGACCAGAUCAAAGCAGAGAUAGUACUAUAGGUACUUAUCGGACCUAGCUCACUACCGGAGAGUCGUCGGCUAUUGAGUAGAAACCCGAAAUGGGUUCACGAAACUCAAACGCGC